CCAUUAUUGUAAUAAUGAUUUCAAGUGUUGGUCACAUGGUCCACUAUAAAAGUACAGUGGUGAUGGCUCACUUGCAAGUCCAACAUUGAAAUUCUCAUUCAACCAUUUCCAAUAAUCAACGGUUGACCAAUUAACCGGAGAUAAAACAUGAAUCAAGUAGUUGUGGUUCCGUAUCCCGGCAGAGGCCACAUAAACCCUAUGUUGAACCUCUGUCGCUUACUCUCUUCUCGACUGAACCGACACACUCGCACUACCAUCUUCACCGUUGUUGUCACUGAGGAGUGGCUCGGGUUUCUCAAUCCUGAUCCGGACCAGGAUAACAUCCGGUUCACCACCAUUCCUAAUGUUCUCCCGUCCGAGCUCAAUCGUGGCUCAGACAUGGUAGGCUUCCUAAGGGCUGCUCAAACCAAAAUGGAAGGUCCUUUUGUGGAGGUGCUUGAUCAGACUCAGUUUCCGGUGAAACUGAUCAUAGCUGAUGCAACUAUGCGCUGGCCGUUUGACGUCGCUAACAGGAGGAAUAUUCCGGUAGCCGCGUAUUGGCCGAUGAGUGCCUCCUCGUUUUCGGUUGUGUAUCAUGUUGAUCUCUUGGAAUCACAUCAUCAGCUUUUCGCCAACGUUUCAGAAAGAGGAAAUGAGACCAUAGAUUAUAUUCCCGGGUUAUCUUCAUUUACAAUAGCAAACCUUCCAACGACCUAUCGUCGCGGCGGUGAGAUGUUUAACGGCAUUGGACCCACACUCUUUGGUAUAAAAGCAAAUUAUGUCCUUAUAUCAACCAUGUACGAGUUAGAAUCCGAAGCCAUUGAUGCUCUUCGAGCUACAUUAAAGAUGCCCAUUUACACAUCCGGACCCAACAUACCCUACUCCCAAAUCGAACCCAAUCCCUCAUCAGACCAACCAUUUUACUUAAACUGGUUAAACUCCAAACCACCAAGAACCGUCUUGUAUGUUUCUUUCGGUAGCUUCCUUUCGGUUACAAGUGCUGAAAUGGCUGAGAUCGCAUACGGGUUAACCCAAAGUGGUGUUAACUUUGUGUGGGUGGCUAGAGGAGAAACCUCACAUUUAAAAGAAAUUUGUGGGAAGAAUGGUAUGGUGGUGGAAUGGUGUGACCAACUUAGGAUUUUGUUACAUUCUUCUAUAGGGGGAUUUUGCACACAUUGUGGGUGGAAUUCGGUGAAGGAAAGCAUGUUUUCGGGUGUACCAAUGUUGGCUUUUCCUAUAUUACUCGACCAACCGCUUAAUAGUAAAUUGAUCGUCAAAGAUUGGAUGGUCGGAUGGAAUAUGAGAGAAAGGGUGGGUGUUUUUAAUAGAGAUGAGAUUGCGAAGACUGUAAGAGAUUUUAUGGAUCCGAAGAGUGUUGCGAGGAUUGAAAUGAUGGAAAGGGCGAAGGUGUUUUCAAGAAUUUGUCAAGAAAGCGUGGUUGAUGGCGGAUCGGUUAAUGAAGAUAUUGAUGCUUUUGUUAGAGAUAUUUCAAUGAACUAAAAGAAGCGAAUUAGCUUUAGAUGCUUGUUGGAUUUAUCGUUGUAAUUUCAAUAAAAGUUUAUCGAUAACUUCUUGUGUGAGGAUAUACAAAGAAACCGAAAGUUACUAGUGUUGAUUCGGGUAAGUUUUCUUUGUUAAAAUCAUUAAUGUUACUAUCAAAGAACCUACGACAUCAUUAAUGUGUUUUUUUUCUUCC